AUGAUCUUAGGUUUCUUCCACCCAGUAAUGUGUGUUCUACCCGGAACUGCAGCCGUGUGGGGUGGGCGAAUCUUCCACCUUGGCGGUCCAGAGAGCUCUGUAAGCUUGGCUGAAUCAGAUCCGAACGCUCCUCUUCAACAGUAUAUUUUGCGUUUUGUCAUAGGUGUAGUACUUAUUCUAACGAGUCGAGUGGUUCUGAAGCCAAUAGCUAAACUUUUCAUCAAAGGAAUAUAUGGUUUGCUAGAUCUGAAGUACUACUCUUAUUCACAAAUGUGUAAAGAACUGGGCGGUAUGCAGCCAACAAAAAGAUACACAAAUCGUAUGCGUUUCAAACCGAUACCUGGAGCAAAGGCAAGCUUUUUAGAAGAAUUUCUUGAAGUUCGAAAAUUUCUUUUGCACUAAUU